AUGUACGUCAAAGCAGCGGUGUCUGCAUCUCACUCUGCCACAAAAGGAGGUGUUGUUCUCGAUCAAUACGAUGUCAAAUUGAUAAAGUGUCGAGUAGCCAUUUUACGGUUGACGGAGUUUUUGCGGAUAUUUAAGAUCUUAGAGGGCACUCUCAAACGCAGAAGUGAAAAUAAAGUUAUAAUACCAUUAAUCAACUACAUCCUGGCUCUGUAUGGCGGUCCAACACUAAAUAUCUCGGAAGUGUUACGCAAAAAGUUCACGACCAUAAGUGAAUUUAAGAACUGUAAAAUACCUGAACUUACGAAAACAGCUACUCCAGGGCCUAUCCAUCUCGAUUCGUACUUUCCUGAGGUGAGUUCAGAUCGGACUUCGUACAAAAACGACGUGUACAACCCGGAACUGCAAGGCAAACUUUUACAAGUAGCCAUUAAGAUCACAGCUCUUGCACUACAACUCUACGAGCGGAAGUAUCAACUAUGUCUGAUGGAGCGCAACGCCAACAGACCGACUGACAUCUCGGGAAGAUCGUCGGCCUUAGACGAAGCUGCUUUCGACGAGCUGGUGGUACCAACGGAAGUUUCAAUGGCUCUAGACCUUGCAGUACUAAUAAAAGAUUCAACUGCAGAUACCUCGGACGUGUCGUUCCAAAAACUAAAUUUGCAAGUUUUGACCAAAUUUAAAGAUCAUAUGAACGAAAAAGCCUUACGUCCCAUCAAGUCGUAUCACACAUCUCUAUUUCGAUUUUCUAGGGCCACGUCUUUGAGUCAGGCCAAGAUUAUCAUGAACUUGCCGCAUUGGCAGUAUACCAUGCAUCGAAUAUACGCCUUGCUGCUGCGACUCUUCUACAUUUUAACAAUCACGAGAGCAUUUUUGAGGCAAAUCUACAUUCCGAAUAAAAGUUAUUUUGCUGCCCCGGGCACUCAGCUGCGAUCCGCAAAUGUUUUCGAGCUUCGCGAACUUUUGCAGAAUAUUGAAGGCAUCUGCUUUGACGACAACGAUCUUGAUCAAAUGGUAAAAGAUCUGGAUCGCUAUAACCAAAGUGGAUCUUCAUUAGUAGUACAACCUACAAAUAUUUCGCAAUCGUUCAACAGCGAUGUCACUGUGGCUAUCAGGAAACUUAGGUUUUAUUUUCAAACUCUCGAGACUUGGAUUUCCGUGUGGACGGUCAUACAAGAAAACAAACCAAUAGAUGAGAAACUGAAGGCCCUAGAUGAUUCUGAGUUGCAGAAGCUUGCUGAGGAAAGACACUCUAACGAUAAACUUGAGCAUACCGAAAUGAAGAAGAAAGAGGCUGCUGCCAAGGAUGAAUCUGAAAAGGAAGCAGCGUUAAAAAACCAGACAGGUUCUGUCAAAACGAUCUUCAGGAGGUCUUCCAUAGGAGGAUCAAAGCUCUCACCAAUAUCAAGCAACAGCUCUUCACCAGGAACUCUUUCUCCUGCAAAUAUGAGCAGGUCACCAUCUCUAAAUAAUAGGAAAUCAGCAGUUCCUAAUAGAGUUUCUAGGACAGGAAGUAACUUGACCUCGCCUUUGGCCUCUAGACGUGGAUCAAUGGCCGAAACCAAUGGGAUUCUUGCUAACCGAAAGUCGACCCGCGAAAUAUCACCAUCUGGAACAAAAAUUGCCAACGGGGAUGAUGAAAAGCCACACAACAUCCCCGGAAGGAAGAGGUCUACCUCUUUGCAAUCUUCACUAGUACAAAACUCUGGCGGAGUAGCUGGGGAUACUCAGCGCUCCAAUUCCCUCCAAGCAGGCGCAAUCUUCAAUCAACGGAUGAUUCGAAACACUUUUGCUCAAGUAUCGGGCAACCUUUUGGGAACGGGGAACUCUUUGCAAGAACGACCACUAUCUCGGCUUUCUACUCCUAUCAACGGCUUAGGCAAAAUUAGGCGAUCAAGUUCACCAUCUCCUCUUCGUAAAAAUAAGUCGCCUUCAAGCAAGCAAUUGCGGGGCAAAGAGUCCCCUCAUGCCGAUUGCUUGGUUUUAGACAAGGAAAAACUAGCUUUCGUUACAAAAACAAGCUCCGCCAAUAGUGAUACGGAAUCUGCAGAUAAGUUCACUGAUAGUGAACUCGCCAAUGCGGAUCAAGUUUCCGCUACAGAGUCUGAACGAAAAUCAAGCGAAAAUAGCGAGGAGUCAGACAUUGAGGCGCGUAUGGAGGUUCUCGAACUGGUCAAAAAAGUGCGUUUCACCGGAGUUCCUCCCAUGUCACAAGACGAAGAUCCGAGACCCAAGAAGAGAGGCUGGUACAAGAAGCCUGCUAUUUUGCACUAUCCCCCACCACCUCCACAACUUGCUGUUCAGCAGUAUAGGCUCAGACAAGAAGGCUUAGCUUUUCAAAACAGCCUUCGGGACAAAGAUACCGAAAACAGUACCAUGGUACAGAAAAGAUCCUCUUUACUAAUGCAGAGUGAGUAUUCCACUAAUUCAGGCCACAAGCUUGCCUCGAAGCUACGAGACAAGCUCAUAAGAUAG